UAAGAGGCGCGGCAGGGGUUGCGGCGGGGACUCAGGCGUUGAGGUGUUGAUCUGUGGUGUCUGGCGCGCGGCGGCGGCGGCAUCAUGGUGACGGUGAAGGCCGUGUGUGUGCUGAAGGGAGAGAGCUGCGUGACGGGCGUCAUCAACUUCGAGCAGCAGGAUAAUGGACCAGUAACGCUCUCAGGAAGGAUUACAGGUUUGACUGAAGGAAAACAUGGCUUCCAUGUCCAUGAAUUUGGAGACAACACAAAUGGAUGUACCAGUGCAGGUGCUCACUUCAAUCCUAAUGGCAAAAACCAUGGUGGACCACAGGAUGAAGAGAGGCAUGUUGGAGAUCUUGGCAAUGUGAUUGCCAAUAAAGAAGGUGUGGCAGAAGUGUCAAUUAAAGAUUGUUUAAUUUCUCUUAUGGGACCGCUUUCUGUUAUUGGACGCACCAUGGUGGUCCAUGAGAAAGAAGAUGACUUGGGUAAAGGCGCAAAUGACGAGAGUUUAAAAACUGGCAAUGCUGGUGGUCGUCUGGCUUGUGGUGUUAUUGGAAUAGCUAAGAUCUAAAUAUUGACUACUUAAAAGCACUUAAAGUGGAAAUAAGAAGUAGGCUAUAUAGCCAUGUACACUUUACUGAAAACAUCAAUAUUUUGGCCUUGUUCUGGCAAAAGCUUUCUUUAAUUGUACUGCUACUUUCAAUCCAUGUAUUGGCUAAAAUAGUGUAAAGAUUUACAUAAUUUUGUACAAUGUAUACUGCAAUUAAAAUGUUGAUGGAAAUA